UAUUUUCCUGCUCUUCUCUGCGGGCAGCUGCACGCGCCUUUCCCCGUCGCCUCUUUUCUCCCCUGAGCAAAGGAGCGCGGCGGGCGGGCGGGCGAGCGAGCGGGGCGGCGGUUGGCUCGAGCAAGACCGCAUCGUUUCUGCGCGAGCCGGGGAGGGGGCAGCAGCCGCCGCCGCCGCCGCCAUCCAGCGAGGGCCGGGCCAGUGCGCGGGCUGCGGCAGUCGGCGGCGGCGGCCAUGGCUGUGUUCGGUUUAACCAUCGUCCGGCAUGGGGAAACAAGAUACAACAAAGAGAAGAUACUUCAAGGACAGGGCAUAGACGAGCCCCUUUCUGAGACAGGCUUCAGACAAGCCAACGCUGCUGGCAUACAUCUCAGUAAUGUCAGAUUUACUCAUGCCUUCACAAGCGAUCUGCUUCGGGCAAAGCAGACUUUAGCCUCAAUUCUUAGAAAGAGUCAGUUCUGCAAAGAGGUUGCUGUAAAAUAUGAUGCAAGACUUCGAGAACGGAAAUAUGGAGUUGCCGAAGGGAGGCCCCUGAGUGAUCUCAAGAUUAUGGCUAAAGCCGCUGGGGAGCAGUGUCCUUCUUUUACACCUCCUGGAGGCGAAACACUAGAUGAACUAAAAGCACGCGCCAAGAAUUUUUUUGAAUAUCUUUGCUCCCUUGUUGCCCAUGAAGCAUGUCUGGAAAAGGAAGCUUCUCCAAUGACUGACGGAAAUGGCACAGAAAUGGCAGAAGGAAGUUGUAUCACCUCAUUGACAAACCACCAGACUGGACUGAAAUUUCAUUCUGAUUCUGAUGGAGCUGCUGAAGUGUUGAAUGCAAACAUACUAGUUGUGAGUCAUGGGGCGUACAUGAGAAAUUGGAUUGGCUAUUUCAUUUCAGACCUACAGUGCACUUUACCAAGCACUUUGGCAAAGACGGGACUGUCUUCUGUUAGUCCCAAUACUGGAAUUAGUCAGUUCACUGUAAAGCUGAAGAUGAGAGAGAACAGUAAGCCUAGAAUCCACUGCAUUUGUCUUAAUAGAGAUGAUCAUUUAGUUGACAUAACAGCUGAAAGCAUGUAACUCUGAAACAUGAAAAGUGAAAAAAAAAUUAUGUAGUGUUCUUUUAAAUUAUUUUAGUGAUAUGGCUGUUGAGAAGGCAGGGUUGUUUAGUCAAAACUCACAUUUUGUUUGGAUAGUUGACUUUCAGCUAUUGAUUAUUGGUAUACAAAGAAGAAUAUUCAGUUGUUUACUCACAUAUACAAUUGACAUUACCCUAGGCUGUUUAUUCAGUACUGCAGUAACCAAAGUAUUAUAUUUGUGUACAGUUGAGUUUAUAUGUACUGUAUAUGGUCCCCUGUGUAUUAUUUCUGUACCUCAGCAUUUUAUAAAAACUUUAUUUCUUGAGGUGACCUUUCUGCAAUGCAAGAUUUCACAUUAUGGAACCAAUUUGCCUCCAUUCUAAACCAGUCUCAUUACGUUGGAAUGUACAAGCAGACGUGAACCUGGGCUUCCGAUUCCUUUUACACCUCAGCCUUGCUUUCCAUCUUAUUUCCACAGCAUGGAAACUUAAAAUAACCAAAUAAAGAUAUGCAUGGUUUAUA